AGCUUUAAAAACUGGAGAAAGAGGAAAACUCAGUAUCAGUCGACUGCUCGAGGCUCACAACAUUACCACGGCUUCAACAUGAGAACCCUUCCUGUCACUUUUCUCGUGCUGCUGUUUGCCUGGACCAUGCAUACAUGGGCUGAUACAGGAAGGAUAAGACAGAAACGUGCAUGGAUCAUCGAUUCUUUUUCUAUUGAAGAAGAAAAUCCUGGACCGUUUCCAUAUAAACUCGGAAAGAUUGAACUCGAUAGGAAAUAUUUAGUUAAUUUCGUCCUUUACGGCCAGGGUGUGGAUGAAGAACCCAAAAAUAUUCUGACCAUUACUAAGGAUACAGGUGAAAUUUAUGUACAUGGAAAAGUGGAUUACGAAUCUAUAACAGACAGUACUAAAGCUCUCAAACUCCGUUUUGAAGCCGUAAAUAGAUCUAACAAUGCAGUGGACACAAGGCUCGGGGUUGAGAUUAAGAUAUUGGACAUAAAUGACAACCCCCCCAUAUUUCAGCAAUUAAACUAUGACAUCACUGUGGAAGAGUCACAUGCUCAAGGUGACAAGAUUUUGACUGUGUUGGCAUCUGAUAAAGACGAUAUAAAAACUCCUAACGGGACCUUUUCUUUCACAAUCAAGUCUGUCAUACCAAAAACAGACAACGUUGACUUUUAUAUCCAACAGAGUGACGGAGUAGGGAUGAUUUAUUUUAAAGGGUGUUUGGAUUAUGAGAAAGCUCAAAAAUAUACAAUUCUGGUUGAAGCAAAGGACCACGGAGAAGCGAAAAAGCUCUCAAGCACAAGUACAGUGAGAGUCAAGAUUUCUGACAAAAACAACCACCUUCCAGUGUUCUCCGGACAAACAGGCAGUGGGAAAGUAAAGGAGCGAGACAUUGGGACUGAAGUUUUGAGACUUCAAGUAUCAGAUAAAGACAGCCCUGGGUCAAAAGCCUGGAAAGCUAAAUACACAAUCCAGGGAGAGACAAAAAAUAUAUUUAAAAUAGAAACAGACCCAACUACAAAUGAAGGGAUUUUAACCGUUGUUAAGGCAAUAGACUAUGAGGAGCAAACAUACCAAAAUCUGUCCAUCAGUGUGCAGAAUGAGGCUCCUUACUUUUCAUGUACGAUUAAAAACCGUCCACAUGACUCUAUGUGGGAACUCGACAGAUUUUUUGAAACCCCCGGCACGAGUGAUGAAAAACUCUACAAGUCCAUCCCAGUGACAAUUUAUGUUGAAGAUGUCAACGACCCUCCAGUAUUUAUACCACUUGUUACAGAUGUUACUAUAAGGGAAAACACAGAUGUGGGAACUUUUAUGACAACAGUUACUGCUGUUGAUUCGGAUGGAGCUCAUGGAAACACAAUAAGAUUUGUCAAGGGGAAAGAUGACGCUGAUUGGAUAACUGUUGAUGAAAAGACUGGAAAAGUAUCCGUAGCAAAAAUUAUGGAUAGAGAAUCUGUGGAAAACAGCACUUACACAGCAAUCGUGUAUGCAGUUGAUGAUGGUGAACCACCGCUGACCGGCACAGGCACUGUGCGUAUUCACUUACAAGACCUAAAUGAUAAUGUGCCGCUGUUGACUGUGGAUCACAUCAAUAUGUGCUUGGACAAAGAGCCCACAACAGUCAACAUCACAGCUGUAGACCUGGACCUUCCUCCAUACAGUUCACCUUUCUACUACGAACUGUUAGGAGAUGUUGAGGGGAAAUGGAGGAUUGAUCCAGCUCAUGGCACGACUGUGGAUCUUGUAAAAGAGAGCAAUGUAUAUUCCGGUCAUCAUUUCCUCCAGAUAAGAAUCGCAGACCAGCAGGGAUUUUCCACCAUACAGAAUCUGUCAGUCACCGUGUGUAACUGCGCUAGUGAUUCCAGCUGUCAUGAAAGGAUGGUGUCUAAGACUCGAAUGGGCAGUGGGGGAACCUGGGCCAUGAUCCUUGCAGUUCUGUUUCUCGCAGUAAUUCUCUUAAUGGCAUUUUUGAUGACAUGCAAGACAGAGAAAAAAAUGAUUCCAUUAGAUGAUGGCUUUGGUCGUCUGAUCACAACCAACACUGAAAUACCAGGAACAGACUGCAUGGUUCCUUUCAAUGGGGAUGGUGAAAAAACACAAUUUUCUAAAGAAACCACGGUGUCUAAUGUAUACUUAGAUCAGCACAGAACAUCACAAAACAUGACAAUUAAUGGAGUGCAGGCUGUUGCACAAAUCCCGAAUUCAGUUUUCUCUGACCAGAUGUUUCAAAGGUCAAUAUAUAGAAGUUCCUCAAGACGUUCAUACAAGGAUAUGAGAAAUUAUCAGAGAUCAAGCUUUAGAUCAACCACAUCUUACAGUAACAUCCCCGUCAUGAGGGAAAAACUCUUCAGUCUCAUCAACCAGCGACUGCUUACUCUUCAAACCUGUGAUGAGGACCAUGAUGCUUAUCAACCGCACUGUUACGCACAUGAAGGUGAAUUUAUUGCCAAUGCUGAUCUGGAUACAAUCUCGAUCGCCGAGACGGACUUUCUUCCAGAAACGCUUAAUUAUCUAGACUACAAAUUCAAUAAUCUAGCAACAAUUUGUAGUCCUCCCCCGAUGAAAACGUGACAACUGUAUCAGAAAGCAGAGCAGGUUUAUUGAAUGCAAAACUGAGAUGUUAUGAGAACUUGAAAUAUGGGAUAAGGGUCUUUCUACUGAUAGUGUUACUGUUCAGAGUUUAUGAAUCUGUGUUAAUAAUAACUCUUUGCACACAUGUAUUGUUUGCUGUAAAUAGAAGAACACAUGCUUUCACAACUGUAAACGUAUGCAUUGGGCGGGUAAUUUUAUUCCAAGUGACUCGCAGUUCAGUGAUUUCAAAGAAGACACGUUAUCAGUGUGUGUUUUCCUGGUAAGCGAACCCAUGACCUCCAACGUUUCUGACUUUUUUCAACUCGGCUUCUUAAAGCAACACUAGUUUUUGACCUUAAAAUAAUGUCUCUAAAAUGAUUGUGAGUUUGGUUUGGACAUGAAGUUCAUAUAAUAGAGUGACGCCUUUUGUACUACAAACACAGGCUUCAUUUGCCCACAGGGCACAUUUUGUUUACAUUGUGCCUGGUACUCAAGGUUAUGGCUUUUGGUUUGAAGUCAAUAUAGUGCUGACUUAAGAAGCAUCAUAACGAUUUGAUAAAAACUACUAUGCUUUUAAGAUGCACACAUUCAGAAUGCUGCUUGAAAAAACAUUAAGGUGCAUGUGUGUUGUCGCCUUGGGGAGCAAUGAAAUGUGUAUUCAUUUUUUUUUUCAUUUUUGAACUGAAUGUUUUAGCGUUAUUUGUAUAUUUGAUUGGGCUAUUGAAAUGGAUGACUCAAUAAUAAAAUCCAGUAUUCAGUUCAAGCAGAGCGUAUUACUGUGGACGGGUUCAUUGCUCCAAAACUGCAACGGUUGCUAGACGUUUUCAUUUGGAGUCCCACAACCUGUUCAACCGGUUUUUGUUCUUUUUCCUCAAUGUACAGCUCCUGUAAUAGCUCAGUUUAAAAUGUCACAGAGUUCAAAUGUCAACUCCCUGCAGCUGCCUGUAACUUCAACAAAACUACCUCACAUAUCAUAAAAGCCCAAUCCUUAAAGGGAUAGUCAUCAUUUUUUCACCCCGUAUAUGACUCUUAAUUCUGCAGAACACCAAAAAAUAUAAAUUUUUAAAUGUCUCUGUGGUUUUGUGUUGAUACAAUGGAAGUCAAUAGGGUAUUGAGCUUGAGACCGUAUAUCAUCACAACAAGCUCUUUUUUGUUCAUCUGGCUGUAUGUCAUUUCUGCAUUGGCCCAGAAACUGAGAACAGGUGGCUUACUGUUAUCGUGAAAGAUUUCAGAUGAUAUAUUAUCAUAGGUAAACUACAGGAUACAAAAACUCAGUUGUUUCUAUGGUCCCACCCAAAGACUUGCUUAAACAUCAUUUCUUUGCAUGGUUGUGAAUUUAAAGCAUCAAGUUACAACCUUGUUCUUACAGAACUACCGCACAACUAUUUUUUUUCUUCACACCAAAUAACUUUCCGGCCACAACUAUUGUUUGCGUGAAACCUGCAUAGUUACUGUCACUGACUGAUCCUGUAUUUUUAUUAGAGUAUUUAAUUAAAGUGUUUUGGAAGUCACAAACACAAAACAAAGGUAUAAAUCAAUUAAUCCUGUGUUGACUUCAAAGUCGUCCACUUGUCAAAACGAGUGAAGGCAAAUCAUUGCUGUUACAUGAUUUAUUAUUAAAACUCUGGCAGACCUUUUUUAUUAAUUUGUGUAUAAUGUCCAUUUGCCUUGAAUGCAGUAGAACAAAGUACAUGCAAAUGUGUUUUUGUAAGACUGACAAAUAUAGCAUAAGUAAAUAAGAUUUUUGAUUGAAAUUGAACAAAAUUCAAAAUUAGUUAAACUGAAAAACUUUUACGAGAGCUUUUUAUGUUGUUGUAAAAGUACAAUAAAUACAAUAGUUAUUGUUUUGAAACGGCUGGCGUCAAUUAAGAGACUAUGUAAGCAAAUCCAGAAAGAAAGACAAAGAACUUAAAACGGGAGAAAUAGCUUAAACUGUUUAGAUAAAUAACUUUGCUUCCAGUAGAAAUAAUAAACCAGCCGAUUAAAGAAGCUAGCCAUAUUUUGACAACAGUUAACUCAGUUUUAAACUUUAAAAAAAUAAAUUUGGAUGCUGUUUUUGAUAUGACGAUUUCUUUUCAUUGUGAAUCUCUAUAUCUGGCUAAUAUUAAUUUUGAUGGGUGCAAUAAGAAAGAUAAGAACAUGAUGUUAAUUCUUCUGGCAACCACUAUAAAAGUCAUUACAAAGAAUGGUUAUAAACUGAGCCGGGAUGCAGACAUGGUUAUUUGUGAUGCUAUAGGUGUACUGACGUGUAUUUUUGUUUUAUUGUAAAAAAGCAUUUCUGCCCUGAUCAAUAUAUGUAUUUUCCCUCUGAAAUGGAAAAAUACAUAAAAAAUAAAGUAACUGUGCAA